AUGGUACGGAAGUGGAGGAAGCAAGAAGAUGACCUGCGCCAACAACUGCCAAAAGAUUACCAAGAAAAGCUGGUCACUUUCCGCGCAUACUGCAAAAAGAAGAUCACUGAAAAGAAGAUCCGGCCAGAGCACAUCACCAACAUGGACGAGGUUCCACUCACCUUUGAUAUUCCCGUGAACCGCACUGUGGAGAAAACGGGGCCCAGUACGGUGUCUUCCGGUGCGCCUUAUAAUGCGGAAAAUACGGUACAUAGAAUCAGAACCAACCAGUGCUCUCAGCCUUUCUUUGCUGUAAAUCCAGACUGUUCUGCAGCUCAGAGUGAAAACAGUCAAAGUGUCAGUGGUAUGGAGACAGGAGGACCUCCACCAGGUUUUAAGCCGGUCAUAUCAAAGAGAACAAAGAUGAUGAAAGGACAAAGCUCCCAUAUCAAUACUAAGAAAUCCACAAAGUUGUCCCUCCUGAAAUCACCCAGUCAAAGUCAUGCUACUCCCUGUUGUUGUAAGGUGUGUGGCAAGUCUUUUCAUCACAUGGGUACAUUAAUUAAACACGUGCAAAUUCAUACAAAGGAUAAAGAAAGUAUUUGUGGUGUGUGUGGAAAAUGUUUUCAGUCCACAGAAAGUAUGACAGAUCACCUCCAACCUCACAUUGCAGAUAGGUUUUGUUGUCACGUUUGUGGUAAAGGGUUCACCUUAAACAGUAAUCUAAAAAGACACAUGCGGAGCCACACAAGAGAGAAACCAUAUGGCUGUCAUUAUUGUGGCCAAGGAUUCAGCACUGGCAGCACUCUGAAUAGACACAUUAGGAUUCACACAGGAGAGAAGCCAUUUUGCUGCCCUGAUUGUGGCAAAUCAUUCACUCAGAGUGGACAUCUAAAAAUACACAUGAGGACCCACACAGGGGAGAAAUCACAUAGCUGCCCUGAUUGUGGCAAAGGAUUCAGCAUUGCCAGUAAUCUGUCAGUGCACGUGAGGAUUCACACAGGAGAGAAAAGACAAAAGGAUUCAGCACUGGCACCAAUCUAAAAGUGCACAUGAGGACUCACAGGAGAGAGACCAUACUGAUGUCCUCAUAGUAGAAAAUGCAUUUCCCAAUCAGGUACAUUGAAUAACAAUCAAACACACCAAGGAAGGACUGUAAAUGUGUGAUACUGGCAGUAUUUUUCUAAAUGAUAGAACUCUGAUAAAGUAACAUGAAGAACAAUCACAAGAGGGAGAAAACAUGACAGUGUUCUGUUUGGGGAGAGGUCUGGAGACAGAAGAUUGAGAUGCACAUUGGACAGUGCCUUCAAAAAGUGUUCAUACCCCUUGACUAAUUCCACAUUUU